GUGUUUAUUUUAUGGUAUUACGAGCCUAUGACCUACUUAGUACAUAGGUAAUAGGUACCGUACUUAAGUAAUAAUCACUGAGCCAGUAAUCACUACCGUACGUAAUAAUUACCUACUAAUCAUCUGAUUCAUAGUCAUAGUUAAGACUCUCGAAUAUAUUAAGUGUAUAAAUCUUUGGUUAUACAUACACUUGUUGCACUCUGAGAUAUUAUGUUUAAUACCCAUGACUUGUUGACUUAAAAUAAUGAAGGGAAAGAAAUACUUUGGUAAAAAGAAGACAAUAAAAGACCACAUUAGUAAAAAGAAAAGAAAAAGUUCCAAUGAUACAUAUGUUACAAAUAAAAAGGCUAAAUUCAAUCGAUACAAAAAUGUACAAAAGGUUGAGGAAGAGCUUGAAAAGAAAAAGCAGAUGGAACGGAAGUUUCAAAGGGAACAAGAAGCUUAUUCUGAAAGCGAAGAGGAACAAGAUGUAUACGGGCAACUUGUGUCUUGUUUUAGUAAACCAACAAACACAAUAGUAGUAAAUAGUGACGAAGAAGUAGAUUCUGAUAGCCCCAGCCCUGAAAUUGAAAGUUGUGCUCGUAAACGUGCUCGAAAUGAGGAAGUUAGUAAGACCGAGAGUGACAGUGACUAUAGUGAUAGCGAAGACAAUGCAAAGGGCCAAGAUUUUGAUAACACUGCUACUUUUGAAACAGAAUUAGACCAUGAAACUGAUGAUUUGUUCGUAAAACAUCUACAAUAUGAUUUACCUGAUGAGUUGCUGGUUUCAUUAAACAACUCGCCCAUGACAGUUUCUACUAUUUCAAAGACAUGGCCAGUGAUUGGUAACAUAACUAUUGUUAUACCUAGACCAAUUGAAACAGCAAUAAAGAAAGUUAAAGCUAAAAUUUCAUUAUUGGAAGAUAAAACUUUUGCUGAACCCGGUACAGCACCUAGUCUAAUUCACAAGGUUGAUUUUGAAGAAUUGAAAAUAAAAUCACAAAUACAUGGAAACAUUGUCUCGGCGAAUAAAACUAGUUUGGUAAAGAGAGAUCUUGAACUAUCUGAAGUUUUAACUCCAUUACAAAAAGAAAUUUUUUCAAUACUCAACAACUAUCAGGAUUUGUAUUACCCUGAAAGAACAUUUAGUAAUGCUGAUGAAAUUCGUUACAUAUAUUGUCUUCAUGCCAUCAACCAUAUGCUGAAGACCAGAACACGAAUUUUACAUCAUAAUGCAAAAUUGACAAAGAAAAAUGAUAUUUCCGAUGAUUAUAGAGAUCAAGGAUUAGUUCGUCCCAAGGUACUAGUAAUGGUUCCAUUCAAAAAUGCAGCUUACAGAGUAGUGAAAACCUUAAUGGAAAUUUUGGUGCCAAAAGAGGCUGGUCAGGUGCUCAAUAAAAAAAGAUUUGAAGACGAGUUUACAGGAGGUGAACUUAUCAUGCCACGUAAAAAUCCAAAGCCUGAGGACUAUGAACUCAUGUUCACUGGCAACACAGAUGAUACAUUCAGGAUAGGCAUGACGGUCACCAAGAAAAGUCUUAAGUUAUAUACAGAUUUUUACUCAUCAGACAUCAUAGUCGCAUCACCACUUGGUCUACGAAUGUUGGUCGGAGCUGAAGGGGAGGAAGACAGAGAUUAUGAUUUUUUGGCUUCCAUAGAAAUUUUGAUUAUGGAUCAAGCGGAUGUGUUCUUAAUGCAGAAUUGGGAUCAUUUGCUACAUGUUCUUGACCAUUUUCAUCUUCAACCAAAGAAAACGCAUGAUACUGACUUCUCUAGAGUCAGAUCGUGGGCAGUCAACGGAUGGGCUAAAUAUUACAGACAAACAUUAGUAUUCGCUUCCGUGCUCCUGCCGGAAAUCAAAUCUGUACUGAAUAAGAAAUGCCAUAACUACGCCGGGAAAGUGCUUGUGGAGAAUCCUGUAGAAGUGGGGAGUAUUCAACAAGUAUUGUUACAGAUACCUCAGAUAUUUCACAGAUUCAAUGCGUCGACAGCACUGGAAUCGGCCGAGGCCAGAUUCGAGUACUUCAUAAAGGAGGUUCUGCCCAAGCAGCGCGACACCCUCAUGAGCCACACGCUCAUCUACGUGCCGAGCUACUUCGAUUACGUGCGCAUACGGAAUUAUUUUAAGAAAGAAGACAUUAGUUUUGUGCAAAUCUGCGAAUACUCUAAGGACGCGAAGAUAGCCCGAGCCAGAGAUAUGUUCUUCCACACCGAAGCACACUUCUUGCUGUAUUCAGAGAGAGUCCACUUCUUCCGGAGAUUCAGGAUCAAAGGGAUCCGGCAUAUAAUAUUUUAUCAGCCGCCGACGUAUCCGCACUUUUACUCCGAGAUGUGUAACCUGAUGCAGGAGAGCAACCAGAACAAGUACGGGGGCAGCGAGUGUAACAUGACGGUGUCGGUGCUGUACUGCCGCUGCGACCUCGUGCGGCUGGGCGCGCUGCUCGGCGCCGCGCGGGGGGCACGCGUGCUGCGCGCGGACCGACCCGUGCACAUGUACGUCACGGGGGACUGACGCCGAAUCAUCAAUAAAAUACAAUAAAAAUACAAAA